ACCCAUCGAUGACCGCAUUAAUCGUCCCAAGGAAAAAGCAUAAAAGCAUAAAUGUAUUUACAGUUAACAAACAGAAACAACUAUAACAGCAGCAUAAGGUGCAGUGCCUUCAAUUUAGCGCAACCAGAAGUGCCAAUAAAAACAACAGCAUUCUUGUAGCGAGCGGGGGCCAGCUGAAGAGCGGGCUGUGGGAGCGGACGAUGAACAAUCUUGUGCAGGAUAUACAAAACAAAUACUCAUUUCUGGACAAUCUAUUCAGUCACGUAUGGAAAUGCAUUAUCCGAUCGAAUCUAAAGCUAAAGCUACAAUUGCGCACUAUUCAAUGGAAGAAUGCAAAAGCCAAGCCCGGCUGUGCCUACCAGCCCACAGAGAUCGAGCAGGUGGCUAACGUGAUAACUCAUGGUAUUUGGAUAGUACCCGCCGUGUUUGCAGUCAUAAAGCUCUUCGAGCGCUCGAACAGCUCUAGCCAGUAUCUGGUGUCCUGGGUCUAUGGCACCACGCUCUGUAUGCUGUUCACAGUUUCCACAUUCUUCCACUGUUCUUGUUACUGCGCCGAACACAAGCCCCCCAAAAACUAUGAUGCUUGGCCCGCAUUUGGCUGGAAAACGUAUCAGAGUCUCAAAAAUGUUUUGCAUCGAUGCGAUCGUGCCAUGAUUUAUGUUUUUAUUGCCGGCUCAUAUUUUCCCUGGCUGACGCUAGAGAAUACGGACCAUUCAGCGAUACUGUUUUGCAUGGAAUGGAUUAUUUGGCUUAUGGCGGCUAUUGGGAUAGCUUAUCAACAGCUUUACCACGAACGCUACAAAUGCCUGGAGACAUUCUUUUAUAUUGUAAUGGGUCUGGGACCAGCGCUAGUUGUAAUGCUUACCGGACACCAUUUUAAUGGCAUGAUGCAGCUCAAAUUUGGCGGUGCCUUCUAUAUAUUGGGCAUUAUCUUUUUUAAGUCAGAUGGUUUGAUUCCCAUGGCUCACGCCAUUUGGCAUCUCUUUGUGGUGCUCGCCGCCGGCUGUCAUUAUUAUGCGAUUUUAGUAAACCUAUAUCCAAAUGACUCCAAUCAUUUACAAACUAGUAGCUAAGUAUAGCCCAAGUCGUCGCGAAGCUUAUGGCUGUAAGAACAUUAUCGUUUAACGUACUUAACUGAGCCACGGAUUCAUCAAUAGAUAAUUGUGACCCACAGAAAUUUAAGUUAGUGAUUUUAAGUUUUCAGUGUUUUGAUUUUUUAUUGUUAAAUUUUGAGCCAGCCAGAAUGUAUUCCUUCCUACCUACCACCCAUAUAUAUAACUGCUCCAGAAUUAGCCAAAUUUUGUACAAAGUAUAUAGAUUUAUUUAUUUUUAUGUUUUACUUGACUUCAUCAAACGGAUUUAUGUACGAUAGUUAUAGUUGUAGAAUAUUAGAAAAUUUGUUAGAAUAAGGCAACGGAUUCUUAAGAUAAUCGAUAAAAGGAAACGUUUCUUGUGAUCAAUAUCUGCGGUCUUGCCAACGAUUCAAACAGAAUGUAUGAAUUCUCAAUUCUCAAUUCGCCUAUACCAUGGGCGGUGUGUAGUGCGUUCCUUGUUUUAGGUAGACCAAGCAGGUAUAUACAUAUAUAUUUUCUGUAACCAAUAUAGAAUAUUUUAUAAUACGAUACGCUAUACUAACGUAUGACAAGCUCACAGUAGGCAAAGUGUUUCUUAAAGACUAAAAAAUUGUACAAAAUCGAAUAGUAGAGCAUGUCGAUUAAAUUCAACGCCUUUCAAAUUACUGGAAGCCCGCCUAAAAUAACAUAUACACGCAUAGGUAUAUGUAUGAAUAUGUAUGUAAACAUAUAUAUGAUUAGUUAUAAGAAAAAAGCUAAUCACGAACCAAUGUUUGAUGUGUUGGUGUUGGUCUGUUAUUUAGCGUGUUACGUGUGCUAUUGCUCAGGGAUUACUUACAUGGUGCGGUCAGUCGUGAUGUAUAAUGUAUUAUGUACGUGUUAGCAAUGGAUUGGUUCGUGAUUAUUGCACUUAACUUGUAUACAAUUGUUUUUGGAUGCUAUGCGAAUUUCGAAAUGGAUUAUACAAUGAAUUAUUGCUAAGCAGAACUUAUACAAUGUAAGAGUAUGAAAUGAAUUAUACAUUCAUAAAAUUACUUAAAAACAUAUACCAUCUAUACAAAUGCUAUAUAUAUACAUAUAUGUAUAAAUGAAUACCUAUGAAUCUAUACAAUAAAUUACAUAUACCAGGUA